GUAAAUGGCUAGCUGCGAAAACAAAAGAGCAACGCAGAGACACAGAUUUCAGAAAGUCUGUCUGUCCGCCGCGCCAUGAAGGAACAACUGUGAGCUUCCUGUCAAAGCAGCAGCGAUGGUGAGAGCGCGCAGCGGCGGGGUUUUACGUGCAGUUUGUGCGGUGCAGCCGCAGCUGCUGAAGGGCAUCGCGAGCAGACAGCUCCACAGCACAUACGAUGUGGCCGUUGUCGGUGCUGGCAUUGUGGGCCUGGCCUCAGCCAGAGAGCUGAUUCAAAGACAUCCGACGCUCACCUUCGUCCUGCUGGAGAAAGAGAAAGAACUUGCUGUGCACCAGAGUGGGCACAACAGUGGAGUCAUCCACAGCGGGAUCUACUACACGCCGGGCUCGCUGAAGGCUCGGCUGUGUGUACGAGGAGCAACGUUGGCGUACCAGUACUGCGAGAAGAAAGGGAUUCCUUAUAAACGAUGUGGCAAGCUAAUCGUGGCGGUAGAGCAGGAAGAAAUUCCCAGACUGAAAGCUCUGUACGAACGCGGUUUGGAGAACAAAGUGCGCGACCUCAGCGUUGUGGACGCCAAGGGGAUCCGAGAGCGAGAGCCGUACUGCCGGGGGAUAAUGGCUUUGGAUUCACCCUCCACCGGCAUCGUUGACUGGCGGAUGGUGGCCCUCAGUUACGGCAGAGACUUUGAGGAGGCAGGCGGCGCUGUGGUUACUGAAUUCGAGGUCAGUGACAUGUCCCUGGUCAAAGAGAGCCCAGCCUGGAGCCCCGACGGAAUAAAACAUCCCAUUGCAAUAAGAGAUAAAAAGGGCGACGAAGUGCGGUGCCGUUACGUCCUGACCUGCGGAGGCCUCUACUCGGACCGGCUGUCGCAGAUUUCUGGAUGCAGCACGGAGCCGAGGAUCGUCCCCUUCAGAGGAGAUUACCUGGUGCUGAAACCAGAGAAGCACUACCUGGUCAGAGGAAACAUCUACCCUGUUCCCGACCCUCGUUUCCCGUUCCUCGGGGUUCACUUCACACCGCGGAUGGACGGCGGCGUUUGGCUCGGCCCCAACGCAGUGCUCGCUUUUAAAAGGGAGGGCUACCGGCUGUACGACUUCGAUGCCCGGGACUUUGCAGACGCACUCUCCUUUAGAGGCCUUCAGAAGCUCGUGCUGAGGAAUGUCACUUAUGGCAUCGGGGAAAUGUACAGAGGAGUUUUCCUCGGUGCGCAGAUUAAAAUUCUGCAGAAGUACAUCCCCGAACUCUCUCUAAGCGACGUGCUCAGAGGUCCAACUGGAGUCCGAGCUCAGGCCCUCGACCGGGACGGGAACCUUGUGGACGACUUUGUCUUCGACGGCGGCGUCGGGGAUUUGGGCAGUCGGGUGCUCCACGUGCGCAACGCCCCCUCCCCGGCAGCCACCUCGUCCCUCGCCAUCGCCGAGAUGAUUGCGGAUGAGGUGGAGAGUCGCUUCACGCUGUAGCGACGGGCGUGACGAAACGCUGGAGAGGGAUGCAGAAAUCCAGCCACAGAUUGAAACUUCCUGAGCCUCCCGAGUUAAAGCCAGGCCGUUCGUUUGACUCUUUAAAACGUCUUUUUAAAGACUUUUAUCACUGAAGUGCUGAAACGAACUACAAACAUGUUUACUCUUUCACAUCCGUGUAGAAACUCAUCUUUACCCUCUGCACGACCUUCUGGGGACAUGAAAUUAGAAAUAAUUUUUGAACUUAAAUGAAUUUCUUUAGGGUCUUACCUCGCAGGUAUUAAACAGAAUGUGGAUAUUUCUGCUAGUUGACUUGUGAUGCUGAGAUUCUUUUUUUUUUUAAGCUGUUGGGUACGUUUGAAUAAUUAUUCAUCUCCGGAAAUACAUUUGUCUGCACAAAAAUGCACAAUCUGUGGGAAAAGGAUUUUUUUCUUCUUCUAUGCUUUAAGUUGGUUUUUGGAUUCGAUUUGAUACCAAAUCUGUAAAUUGCUCUUUCUGAAUACGUAUUUUUUUUUUUUACAGGAAAUAUAUAUUUGAUAGAAUGUGCAUGAAUGUUUUCACCUUUUUAAAGUGUGGCAUCGUUGACAUGGUGAAAACAUGGCACUGAUAAAAUAUACAAAGCUCAAAAGAAAUAUCCUCAAAAGUUUCACUUAAUGCAAAGUUUCUAAUAGGUGGACUGAAGAAAAUACUAAUUCUGUAUUUUUUUUGCAGUUGAUGAGAUUACAAGAAACUAGGUAAUCAGUUAGCAUUUUGACAGAAGAUUUAGUUUAAUGUAGAUUUUCUUUCUGUCUGAUUUGUUAAUGUACAAAUGCACCCAUUUUAAAAUAAGUGCAGUAUUCUGCUUGUAUUGCCUUUUUAAUGAUUUUUUUUUAGUCUGAACUCACUACUUUAUCUUACUGAACUCUGUUUCUGACUAGUAGGCAAUGUGGGGGGGGGUUUGUUUGUUUGUUUGUUUUUCUUGCUUUUUUUUUUCUGGCAUUGACUGGAAUGAUGACGGCAAUCAUCCCUUAGGCCUAGUUGACUUUUCGGGAGUCGUUAAAAGUCAGAGGAAGCCUCAGGUGAUGCAGCAGCUCUGCAGGAAACCAUGUGGGAACUUGUAAAUCAUCCCAUCCUGUCAACCUUUUACCUGACCGUAUGGGAUUUAUUGCAGCAAUCACCAAAGUUUUUUUUAUUUUUUAUUUUUUGAUAAUUAAACCUGGCCAUUCUUCCAGCAAGUCUGUCCUGGUUGUUGUCACAAACCUCUUCCAUCUGAUUAAUUGUUGCCAUGUUUACCUGCAGAGUCUUCUGACACGACGGUUUUGGUUUCGCUCCAGUCAUGCGAACACAAGGAAAUGGCUUUUGAAAGUGAAAUUUGAUUUAGUAAUACCAGAAUGAACUGAUUAGCAGAGGAAAAACUGCAAAUGAACCGAGCCUUGUGUGCUGUCACCAGAAGGCAUGCAUAUAUGUGUGUGUGGUUGUUUUCUGAAAGGGCAGAUUUUACUAUGGUUCAAUAAAUCAUUAUACAACAAAUAAAAGCAAAAUAACGACAA